UUUAACCAUUCCAGGAGAGUAUAAAUGUCAGCUGCUCUAGUCUUGGCUGCAUUACCACCGACCAGUCCUCAGCCGGCAACAUGAAGCUGGGUGGCCUCUGCCUCCUGCUCCUCCUCGCCGUCCUUCUCACCCUCAAUGCAGAGCUCCAGGCAGUUGAUGUAGGUAUCUGUGUGACGGAGUGCAAGGUAGACCAGGACUGUGGGGCAGGAAGACGAUGCACCAGCAAUGGAUGUGGCCGGGUCUGCUCCCCAGUCCGGCGAAGAGAGGCCUGCGAGCACCAGUGCAGAGAAGACAGGGACUGUGGGAGUGGACAUCAGUGCGUGAGGAAGGGCUGUGGGCACGUCUGCGCCCCCGUCCAUCAAGUCGGUAUCUGUGUGACGGAGUGCAACGUAGACCAGGACUGUGGGGAAGGAAGACAAUGCACCAGCAAUGGUGUGGCCGUGUCUGCUCCCCAGUCCAGCAAGAAGAGGGCUGCGAGCACCAGUGCAGAGAAGACAGGGACUGUGGGAGUGGACAUCAGUGCGUGAGGAAGGGCUGUGGGCACGUCUGCGCCCCCGUCCAUCAAGUCGAUGUAGGUAUCUGUGUGACGGAGUGCAAGGUAGACCAGGACUGUGGGGAAGGAAGACGAUGCACCAGCAAUGGAUGUGGCCGUGUCUGCUCCCCAGUCCAGCAAAAAGAGGCCUGCGAGCACCAGUGCAGAGAAGACAGGGACUGUGGGAGUGGACAUCAGUGCGUGAGGAAGGGCUGUGGGCACGUCUGCGCCCCCGUCCAUCAAGUCGAUGUAGGUAUCUGUGUGACGGAGUGCCGUGUAGACCAGGACUGUGGGGAAGGAAGACAAUGCACCAGCAAUGGAUGUGGCCGUGUCUGCUCCCCAGCCCAGCAAAGAGAGGCCUGCGAGCACCAAUGCAGAGAAGACAAGGACUGUGGGAGUGGACAUCAGUGCGUGAGGAAGGGCUGUGGGCACGUCUGCUCCCCCAUCCCUCAAGUAGGUAUCUGUGUGACGGAGUGCAAUGUAGACCAGGACUGUGGGGCAGGAAGACGAUGCACCAGCAAUGGAUGUGGCCGUGUCUGCUCCCCACCCCAGGGAGGAGGACUCUGUGUGGACCGCUGCCGAGGAAACUGGGACUGUGGGGCCGGAGAAGAAUGUAUCAGGAAGGGAUGUGGACGGGUCUGCUCUCCAGCCCAGGAGCCAGUGGUAGGUAUCUGUGUGGAUCAGUGCCGAAGACACUGGGAAUGUGGUCCACGGAUGCGGUGUGUCUCCACUGGAUGUGGCCACAUCUGCUCACCAGCCCAAGACCAAGUUGAACAGAGACCCGGAAAAUGUCCAGUGUUGCCAAAAGGAACGAUUGGACUUUGUGCUGAAUUUUGCUCUGGGGAUGACUCCUGUCCCAGCGGACAGAAGUGCUGCAGCAAUGGUUGUGGACACUCUUGCCAGACUGCUGUUCCAGACGAGAAAACCUUCCCUAGCCGUUUGGAUGACUGAUGAACCUUGGCCUCCUUCCAUAAUUGUUCCCACAUGUCACCUUUAUUUGAAGAGCUGGGCUUUUCCAGGAACUCCACCUUUGCCAGGAACCCCAGGAUCAUGGGGUGAGGUUCUAGAAUAACUUGGCUUAAGGGUUGAAUUCUGGCAAUUGUUUAAGGAAUAGUGCUUGCAAAGGAUCCUUCUUCUGAAUAAAACGACUUCUCUGGCAUUA